CGGUGACUUUUGACCCCAUAUAAGUAAAUGAGAGAUUGCCUCAUGGCUGAAUAGAUCUAGCUCUGUUGUUAUCGGUUGAAAUCGUACAUGAGUGGGAGUGAAUGUUUGCGACAGUCUAUGUCACUGCCACUGACUGACUAGUUGGUUACCAGCUCGAGUACACGUGACGAGACUGUCUCAUUCGUUGUAGGUCGUCGCACGACCAGCAAGGCUGUGAGAGAACCAACCGACGGCAAGGGUCUCAGACAGCCGCCUUUUCCGUAAACAGAACAGCUGAAUUUCGCGUGGCAUAUGCAUGAAGGUCCCAGAAAUGUAAGCACAAUCGUACGACGAUGGUACGGCGUAUGUGACCAGGCCUUGGGAAUCCCUUUACGUUCGAGCAUGGCCUCUCAUAGAGUACAUCUUGCAUUCAGUUUUAUACAUCUGAUUUUAUGAAAAUGUAUGUUGAAUGCCAUGGAUAGCAGUUUGUAAAUCAUCGAACCAAAAGAUUUAAUACUGUAACAUGGCGGAGUUAAAUUUUCGCAACCGUUUGCGGGUAUUUACUUUCGUGGUAACCAUGACAGCUUACCUUGUGUCUGUUGUACCUGCGACCAAUGCCUACCGGGAAUUCGGCUCGACCGCUGGAAGCAAAGGUCGUCUGAGAAUCGGCGAGUUUCAUCUGAAGAAGUUCGGCAGGGCAACCAUGGAGGAGCCCGCUGAAGUACAAAUCCUCAUCAAGCUCAUCCAGAGGUAUGACAUCCUGCUACUGUUGGGCAUCAUGGACAACACGGGGAAGGCUAUCUAUGAGCUCUUCGACAAGAUCACCAUAAAUCUGUCUGACGACGAAGUCUAUGGUAUCAUCGUCAGCAAAAGGGUAGGGAUAGUGCCGAGAGAGCAGUUCGCCUUCAUAUACAGGGUUGACAAAGGAGUGGUCAUGGCUGACUCGUAUUACUACGAACUGAAAGGCGAUGUCAGAGUUUUCGACAGAGCGCCAUUCAUUGUGCGGUUUUCAUUACAAGAUCUUGGAUCAUCGUGUGAUACAGGAAGCUGUGACAAGGGAUUGCCCGCGCUAGAUGACGUUGCCUUGGUAGCAGUGUUCGCCUCAGCCACUGACACCGCACAGGAAAUAGACCACCUGGUGAACGUGUAUAGUGACGUGUACGAAAAGUGGCGUGUUAAGGACGUGUUGUUCGCAGGCAAUUUCAGAGCCGGGUGCAACUAUGUGACAGGGAAACAACUGAAAUCAUCGCGCCUGCGUGCCAACUCGAAAUUCCAUUGGCCAAUAGGGGAUGACGUAGACACAACUCUUGCCAAAUUAGGCUGUGCCUACGACAGGUUCGUGUUGGCCGGGCACGAUUUGAAAAGGGCCUUUAUACCGGACAGCGGCACAAUCUUUGAAUACGACACGGCAUACGACCUAGACAGAGACCUGGUGGAAGACAUCAGCGACCAUUAUCCUAUUGAGAUACAAAUUCAGCCGGCCGGGAGUUUGAAAGAUCACUGGAACCUGAGAGGUGUGGAGAGUGAGCAGUCUCUGAAGCUGUACGAUGCUCGGGCCUCUGUCUCUGAUCCGGCACAUUUGGUGACAACUUUUUCCGAAACUUUCGAGGACUAUCGAGUCGAGACGCUAUACACAGAGACCGGCAAUCUUCGCAAAAUCCUAGCAGCCAAGUUCUUCCCAGACGGCUCCAAGCUCCAGAAGGAGAUCAAAGAUCUUAAAAUAGUUCUCCACUUCUUGUCUCCGGACAUCUUACCGCGCUUCAAGAAAGCCUUUGGCGAGGAGGAUAGGAACUUGACGUUGAUGCUAGUGUGUGACGUCAUUGAAGGCGGCUGUGAGAUAAGCAUAUCGACGCGUAUGGUUUAACUGUAACAGUGGUGUUGAACGAUGAACAAUGGAUGGGGAAAAGUUUUUAUCUAUUUGUUUGAUGUAACUCAUGCAAUACAGUGCCUGUGGCCUGAUGUGACAUUGUGUGAACAAAUUUAAAAAUAAUUUGAAAAUUUGACAUUUUUAUCUUGAAAUAAACAAAUAUUGAACAUGCAGAACACAUUUACAUUUGUACCUGCACUUUGAAUAAUAAUACAAACAUGUAUCAGCAAGAUAUCUUUUAUUUCAUCUAAUCCUUAGUAUUUAUUGAAUAGGCGGCAUUUGUUGACGCAAGUGCACAAAUACUUCAUCAAGUAUACAAUAUAAACUAACAUCUUCUGUGAUAACUAACAGACAUUGAACCAUGUAUACAUAUAGCCAUUAAAGUUCUUUAACGUUCACUGCAGCUGAGGUAUCACACUUGUCACAAUGCAACAUUUCCUAGCAAAACACUGCUCUUCACAAAAUCCCCAAUAUGAUAUUGUCAAUUUCUUGAGUUAAUGUAACUGUUAACAUUGAUCUUUAAGUGUCCCCUUGCAGAUUCCUGAAGUCACCACCUACAUUGUAGGCAAACUUUGUAACACAAUAUCUUCUAACUACACAAUCAUGUAUUGGUACUUUUUUUCUUCAGAAUUACUGUUUUCUUGUGUGGCUGUUGUUGAUUUUACAAUAUACUCCAUCAUUUUCUAUACAAACAACAUUUACUUCAUUACGACAUUCUUUCCAACCACUCAGAAUAACUACAUGUACAAUCUCCAACAAGCAGAUGUUGGAUAGGAGAUCACAACAUUUUCUGAUCUGCUGAAGCAUACAUUGAAGGCUUUACCUCUUCUGUGCUGCAAGGAGGCUAGACUACCUGAGGAUAGACACCACGGUCCAAGUCACAGUCACAUCAUGUAUAUCUAACAUUAGAAUGAAUAAGCCUACUUUGGAGAGGCUAUAUCAAGUAUUCAACAAUUCAAAAUAAUCUGUGCAGAAGAAAAACUCAAGAAAAUUGUCACUGUCUGCUCUCACACUUUCUUACUUUCUGACUUAUAAUUUGCUGCCAUUUCAUGGAUGUCAACUAUCAGGCCUUAGCUUAUGAAUGACACAGAACAGAAAUUCUUACCUGAGAGCAACAAACACUAUUGAUUGAUAUUGGCUCUUUCCAAGACUACAUGAAGUAUAGAAAUUGCACAUGAUAACAGUAAUAGAUAUGGUCUACAAAAAUAUUGACCAAACAAAUAUUAAUUC